CCGAUGCCCGUCGCCAGUGACACCAAGACAACAGCUGCAGGUUCUGCGCUAGCUGCCGAGCGGCACCGGGAGCCGGAGCGGAGUGAACGUGGGGCGGUAGCGGCCAGCGGAUGGCAGAAACAACUUCCAGAAACUCCCAGUAAACUUCCUCAAAAUAUCAUUGAUCCAGAUGAAGGCAUAUGUCUAUUCCUGAACCAGGAAUUCCUGAAUCCUGCUGAUUUGGAACCAAUUAUUUCAAGGCGGUUGGUACCUAUCUGGAAAUGUACUUUUAACUCAGAAAAGACUAUUUAGAGCGCUGGGCAUGGUAGUGCACGCUUGUAAUCCCAGCGACCUGGGAGGCUGAGGCAGGAGGAUCGCAAGUUCAAGGAACAGCAAUGGAAGAAGACAGUGAAGAAAUGCAUCCUAUCAACCUUAAGAAGAUUUCCCAGUAGCCUCGUGUGCUUUAAUUUGCAUCUCACUAUCAUUGGCCAGAAUUUGUCAUGUGGUCAGAGUCAGCCGCAAUAAAAGCUGGGAAAUGUAUUUUUUAAACUAUGCUCAUUACCUCUAUUCUGAGAUGGGGACUGAAAACAAAGAGGUGAUUAAGGAAGAAAUUUUUGAAGAAUCUGAGCUGCAUGGGCCAACGUUAGAAAAACUUCCAAAAGUGGUUUACCAAGUUCAUGGGUUUGGAGCAGCUUGUGAAGAAGACAUAUUAGAGGGACAUUCGAGAGAGUCCUCAGAAGACAUUACACAACAGAUGUCUCCCCAGGAGAGAGAUUUUGCACCAGGGUUGAUAAUCUUUAAGAAAUCACCCUCAAGUGAGAAAGACCAACAGGAUAGUGAAAGUGAGAGAGGCUGCAGUCCUACUCCUAAUCUGGUGACACAUCAGGGAGAUGCUACAGCAGGGAGUGUCAGUACAUUUGCUACCUCUGGCCAGAAUUUUAUAGAGAAUUUAGAACCUAACAGAAUUCGGAGGACAUCUGUGGGGGAAAAGCCUCAUUCAUGUAAAGAAUGUGGGAAAGCCUUUAAUCAGAACUCACAUCUCAUCCAGCAUAUGAGAGUUCAUAGUGGAGAAAAACCCUUUGAAUGCAAAGAAUGUGGAAAGACAUUUGGAACUAACUCAAGCCUUCGAAGACACCUGAGGAUUCAUGCUGGAGAGAAACCCUUUGCUUGUAAUGAAUGUGGAAAGGCCUUCAUCCAGAGUUCACAUCUUAUCCAUCAUCAUAGGAUUCACACCGGAGAGAGACCCUAUAAAUGUGAAGAAUGUGGUAAAGCCUUCAGUCAGAAUUCAGCCCUUAUUCUACACCAGAGAAUCCACACUGGAGAGAAACCUUAUGAAUGUAAUGAGUGUGGGAAGACCUUUAGGGUUAGCUCACAGCUUAUUCAGCAUCAGAGAAUUCAUACUGAAGAAAGAUACCAUGAGUGCAAUGAGUGUGGCAAAGCCUUCAAGCAUAGCUCAGGCCUUAUUAGACACCAGAAAAUUCAUACUGGAGAAAAACCCUAUCUGUGUAAUGAAUGUGGGAAGGGCUUUGGUCAGAGUUCUGAACUUAUUCGGCAUCAAAGAAUUCACACAGGAGACAAACCCUACGAAUGUAACGAAUGUGGGAAAACCUUUGGCCAGAACUCAGAGAUUAUUAGACACAUUAGAAUUCAUACUGGUGAGAAGCCCUACGUAUGUAAAGAAUGUGGGAAGGCCUUUAGGGGGAAUUCAGAACUUCUUAGACAUGAGAGAAUUCACACUGGAGAGAAACCCUAUGAGUGUUUCGAGUGUGGGAAGGCCUUCAGGCGGACAUCUCACCUUAUUGUCCACCAGAGGAUCCAUACUGGAGAAAAACCCCAUCAAUGUAAUGAGUGUGCAAGAACCUUUUGGGAUAACUCUGAGCUGCUUCUCCACCAAAAAAUUCAUAUUGGAGAAAAGCCUUAUGAGUGUAGUGAGUGUGAGAAAACAUUCAGCCAGCACUCCCAACUUACCAUACAUCAGAGAAUUCACACUGGAGAGAAGCCUUAUGAGUGUCAAGAGUGUCAGAAGACCUUCAGUCGGAGCUCUCACCUCCUCCGACAUCAAAGCAUUCAUUGUAUGGAAUGACCUGCAAAAUAGAAAAACUUUUUUGGGAAAGGCUAAUGUCAGACUUAUUUGUCAUAAUAUUCACACAUCCCAAAUUCUCAGAUGAAAUGAAAAGAAAGAACCUCUCUCCUUCUACUAAUUUUUUAAAAUUUCAAUAGUUGGUUGAAAAAGGAUGAGGCACUUUUAUGAACUAUUCAUUGAGAAGUUUUAUGUACUGGGUUAAAUCAUAAAAGCUGUCUCAGGCCUUAAUUCUCAUUUGUCCCUUUUCCCUUCCCUUCUUUCCUUCUCCCCCAGUGGAUUAUAUAACAUUAGGGGUCUGUAUCUGCCAUCUGUCCUACAUGGUUGCUCUUCUAAAAAAUGGGGGAACAGGAUUCACCACCUCCUAAAAAUUACAGAGUUGACUCAUUGAAUUUACGCCAUGAAAAACAUGUUAGAAAAUCAUGACCUAGAUGACACAUCUCAUUCUUGUGUCCACUGUUUAGCCUUGGAAUAAUUUAGCAUGCUUCUAUUAAUAGCCUCAAAAUCUUCCAGCUAUGCUAUCAAGUUCCCUUAGAAGAUGGCAGCAUUAAAGAAAAAGCAGGAAGCUUGGGUCAUUUCACAUUUCCUGCUAGGUUUCCUCAUUCAUCUGAAGAGGGUAUCAUUGAAGGAGGAAACUGACAGUCCAUUUACAGAAUUGUAAGUGAAGGCCAUAGGAUCCAAAGGGACUGAUUAGGCAAGGCCACAGGAUAAACAGUUGAGGCCAGAAUACUCAGCAUGGGCAAAGGGUCUCCUUGGCAGCUAUCCCCACUUCAGGGCUGCCCAGACUGACUGCUACAAGAAUUUUGCUGCGUUUGCUUUUGGUCUCAGCUUCUGCUGCUGCUGCUAUAUAAGGAAGUAUCAGAGAGAACUGUGUGGUUUUACCUCUACUAGUCAUCUGGCCACAGUAACGAGCUGGUUCACCUGACUAACCAGGCCUGGCUUUGCCAAAGCACGUUAACACUCAUAACCUGGAUCCCACUGCUGCUGGUUCUGAUGGGCUGAAAUAUGAUAGCUUCUUCUUGGUCUGAUGGUCUUGAAAUUUGAAAUUUUCUUUUUUCAACAUCUUUACAUGUUUUUUGUAUUCUAUAUGUCAUUUCUUCUUUAAGAAAACACAUCCUUCAUUUUUCAUGUCUUUUUCUAUUUUUGGUACUGGGGAUUGAAUCCAGGGGCACUCAACCACUGAGCCAUAACCCCAGCCUUUUUUUGUAUUCUAUUUAGGGAUAGGUUCUCAUUGAGUUGUUUAGUGCUGGCUCUGAACCUGCGAUCCUCCUGCCUCAGCCUCCUGAGCCUCUGGGAUUAUAAGCAUGCACCACUGCGCCCAACUCACGUCCAAUUUUGAGGCAAUGGGUGAUAGUAGGAAUUGCACUAAUGGGGCAUGGAGUCUGGUCUGAGAGUUAGACCUUGAAUAAGGCACUUCACUUGCUGCUCUCUAAUUUUAUCUGUAAAAUGAGGGGAGUUGAACUAAAUGCUAAAUGAUCUCUGACACUUCUACCAACCCAAUAAUUUUUUGA